UUUCAGAAGAAUUCAUUUUUCAAUCAUUCGAUAGUGAAGUGUCGAUACAACAAUUAAUAAAAUGAAACUGUUGAAGCCAUUUUUAAUACUUGCAUUAAUUUGCUGUAUUCAUGCUCGCAAGGUCGAGUAUGAAAGUCAUAUCGAUGACGAAAGUGCUCUAAACGAAAUAAAUUUCGAAGAUUUAAUAAACGAAGCAAAAUUCCACGUUACAAUUGACGAAAAUGAUACAAGUAUUGCACAAUCAACCGGUAUUUGGGACCAAGUACAGGACGAAAUUGAAGCAGUCAAUGAUGGGGCAGAAAAUUUAAAUGAACAAAUGAAUGAAAUUCAAAGUGAAUCAGAUAGAUCAGGUUGGCGUCCUGCCUUAAAAGAUAGUAUAAUUGGACUUUAUAAUACAAUAUCCUCGUCCGUGGCUAAUGUAAUUGAUAGUGCAAUUAAUAAAGCAAGCGACAAAUUCGAUCAAGGUAUUUCAGGUGCCUUAAACCUCACUGAUCGUGUUCACGCACAAAAGAAAUUAUUAAUAGCAAAAGUACAAAAAUGCGCAGAGCAACAAGGUUUGAGUGCUGAUACAAUCAGUGAAGAUGCUUAUGCUAAAAUUGAGCAUUGUAUACCAGACGCUGUAAAUUCAAUUAAUGAAACUGCUCAAACAAUUAUUGGAAAUAUUAAAGAAGCACGUUCCUUCAUUACGAGUGUGCCAACUUCUAUGAAUGAAUGUUUAAAUACCAUGCGUGAGGCAUCAUCAUGGGCACAAAUAACUGCAAGUGCAAAAACCGUUUGGUGUUUAACUGGUCUUUCAGCUUCAACAUGUACGGAAGCUGCACAAUUCAGCAUGAAAAUGGCUACAUGUGGUACGAAAUGUGUUGUCAGAUUUGAGCAAAUUAAAUUAGAAUUGAAAAAAUGUUAUAUGACUGGUUUCUAUGCUAUUACGAAAGAAGCUGCUGAUAAAGGAAUCGAUCUUGGACAAUGUGUACUUGGUGGUGAAAAGAAAAAUAAACCAGAAUAAAUUUUUUAGGAAAUU